UGGAGGUGGAUAAGCUGGUAGAGCCCGCUCUCUCUCAUGCCAUGCUGGGCCACAAGGGCUCCGGGAGACGCUGCUACAUAUUACUGAGAACCGGGAUGGAGGAGAGGCGGAGGGGGGAAGAGAAAAGUUUCGCUUAAACCUGGCAGAGAAACUUUCAACAUGAAGCCUCGUUGACGCGCCAUUCCGGCUCCACUACAGCGACAGAACACAGCUUUGCUUUUUUUCCCACUGAAUUUAUCCUUCACCUCACAGCUUGUGUGUGUGUGUGUGUGUGCGCGCGUGUUUUUUUUUUUCCUCCUCUCGUGUUAUUUUCUGCGCGCAAGGCUGGUCGGGGCUUUGCUGUCACUGCGCGCUGAGAUGUUGGAGUGACCAUGGCUGCGCAAGUGGCAUCGGCUCCGACCAGAACCAACAGCAAAAACAAGAAAUUGCCCAGCGGUUUGGGUCCGGAGCUCAAUUCGGGGAAAUCCGGAGGAGGAGGAGGAGGAGGGACCGUACAGCGAGGUGGACCGAUGCUGGGUGCCGGAGAUGGGACUCUGAAUAAUGCAGACCAUCACCGCCGAAGCGAGCUCAGCAUGGUCCAUUCAACUUCCACGACUCACAACGCUCCGGACGGACACGACAAGGCUGGGAAUAACCUCGCGUCCGCCUCGGCGUCGACUAAUUCAACCACUUCCUCGAUGGAGACGGGUUUGAUCGCGAACCACAAGCUGAAAUGUGUGGGGAGCGGAGAUCCCCCUCAGUCUCAGCCGCCGUCGCAGCAGCAGCAGCAGCAGCAGCCGCAGCAAUUCGGCCAGUUUGCGCCACAUCAGCAGCGACAGAUCCAAAGUAACAGCACCGCCAAUAACAACGGCCAGAUGCCCCGGGGGGACAGAAGUAUGGACCACCAGCACCACGGCGGGAAGGAGAACCUGUUGGGGGGACAGGAGGAGCCGCAGCAGCAGCAGCACAUGCCGGGGAAAGGUGAGGGGGAGCUCACCUGUAAACCCUCGGAGAGGAUGAUGAGCGCCAGGUACGAUCACGCCAACUUGGGGCCACCGAACAACUCCGAGUUCAAUAACAACUAUUACACUCCGAGGCCCUGCUAUGAGCAACAUGGCGGGCAGCAGCAACAAAGCAGUGGGAUGGGGAUAACGCACUCCACGGCGCAUAACAGCAUGGAGAACUCCCACGAAGCCGGGUACCACAACAGCCAGUACGGCCAGUACCCCGCGUACCGGGCGGGCUACGGCGGCGGGGCCUACGGGAUGAUGGGCCCCUCCGGGUGCAGGCAGCCGGGGAGCAUGAUGAUGGGCAGCAACUCCUCAACAAGUCACGGCAAGUCGCCCCUGGGAUCUGCCUCGGGGGGGUUUCAAAGGUUCCCGGGACAAAGCCAGCAGCAGCAGCAGCAGCCGCAGCAGCAGCAGCAGCAGCAGCAUCCAUCAGGGGCCACGCCGACCCUCAACCAGCUGCUCACGUCCCCCAGCCCCAUGAUGCGGGGCUACGGCGGGGCCUAUCAAGACUACAGCGGCCCCUCGGCUCAGCAGCAAGGCGGGAUGGGCCUGGGGAAGGACGUGGGGCCCCAGUAUGGAGCUCACUGGGGAGGGCAGCAGAGGAACCAUCCGCAUUCAAUGAACCCUGCGGGCAACGGAGGGCAGGGCCUCGGCAGGACGCAGGUGGUCCUCCAUGACUUCAUGGCUAUGAAGCGCUCGCAGCUGUACGGCAUGGCCAACAAUCCCUAUUCGGCCUCCCAGCAGCCCGGCGGCGGGCCGUACCCCCCCAGCCAGCCGUACACGUCCCCUCCACACAGAUACCCCAUGAGCUUACAGGGGAGGGGCCAAAUGGGCAUGGGCGGGAUGCAGUAUCCCCAACAGCAGCAGGUGGCGCCGUAUGGCCAGCAGGGAAUGGGGGGCUACAGCCAGCAGCAGCAGCAGCAGCAGCAGCAGCAGCAGCAACAAGGUGGGGGGCAGCAGGGAACCCCUCCCUACUUCAGCCCCCCUCAGCAGACGCCUCCAGGCCCGGCCCAGACCUCCUACCUGCAGCCGCGACCACCACUGCAACAGGAGGCCCAGCAGGAGAACUACAGCAUCAGGGGUCCUGCCCCAGGGAAUUCUGGGAAGGCCAACAAUGAGGACGGCGUCUCUCAGGACCGCCCCUCCAGUCUGCCGGAUCUGUCUGGCUCCAUCGACGACCUCCCCACCGGGACGGAGGCCGGCCUGGGCUCGGCCGUCGGCGCCGGCGGGUCCUCCAGCAGCAGCAGCAGUAGCCAGGGAGAGCAGCAGGGGGCCGCCGGGAACCAGGGGCAGUCGCCGUUCUCCCCCCACGCCUCCCCGCACCUCCCCAACCAGCGGAGCGGGCCCUCCCCCUCCCCCGUGGGCUCCCCCGCCGGCUCCACCCAGUCCCAGCAGUCCCGGUCGGGCUCCGGACCCAUCUCCCCCGCCAGCGGACCCCCUGCCAGCACCCCGGCGCCAGGCUCGGCCUUGGCCCCGCAGAGCUCUGGAAACGGACCAGAUGGAUCAAUCACGCGCUCACCUAUGGCUCCGGAGAGAGGAUUCAUGUCCAACUUGCAGAGGAACCAGCCCGCCUCCCAGUUUGCCUCUCCUCAAUCCGGACCUCCAAUGUCCCCCCACCCGUCGCCCGGCGGCCCGCUGUAUCCCGGGAUGGGUCCUUACCCCCAGAGCGGCCCCGCAGGUCCAUAUGGCCCCCAAGGACCCCAGUAUGGACACCAAGGAAACUACCCCCGGCCUGCUAACUACAGCGGGAGCGCCAGCGCCAGCUACAGCGGCCCGGGUCCCGGCAUGACCAACAGUUUGGGAAUGAAUGCCACCAGCCCCAUGCACGGCCAGGGCCCCGGCCAGAGUUUACCCGGAGGACGCGGCCACGGGCCGGGCGCCCAGAGCAGAGCGUACCCUCCCAUGGGCCCCAGCUCCCCCAGCAUGCCCCAGCCUGCCGGCCCCGGAAUGGGUCCUCCCUCGCUGGGUAACCGCAAGCCCCAGGAGGCAGCAGCCGCCGCCGCCAUGUCCACGUCCGCCAACUCCAUACACAACAGGCAGGGCAGCUACCCAGGCCAAGCCGGCGCCGGCGCCGCCUCCUACAGUCAGCCAGCCGGCAACAACGGCUCCGUGACGGGCAACGCGCAAGGUCCAGGCUACAGCAUGCCGCCUUCAGGACCUACGGGACUGUCAGGAGAUUGCGUUUCCAGUCCGGACGGGAAGCCCAAAGUGGACAUCAAAGAGGACGGCGGCCCCGCCAGCGAGCCUCACAAACCAAAGCUUCAGGACGGCUACAUCAACAACACCGGCGGCGGCGGUGGCGGCGGAGGCGGCGGCGGCGGCUCCCAGCAGUGUGUGUCCCAGCCCGCCACCCCGGGCGGCGCCCUCCCCGUGCCCUCCCCGCUCUCCCCCAGCCCCGCCAGCCUCUCGUCCUACCACGGAGACGACAGCGACAGCAUCAGCAGCCCGCCCUGGCCCCUCAAGACCCCCUCCAGCCCGAAAGCCAACCCCAACGCCUCCGCCCUCAGCGGCGAGCGGAUCACGCGGCUGUUCGAGCUGGGCGUGGAGCCGGAGAGGCGGGGCUGGGUGGAGCGCUACCUGAACUUCAUGGAGGAGCGGGGCACGCCGGUGGCUCAGCUCCCGGCGGUGGGCAAGAAGCCGCUGGACCUCUGGAGGCUCUACACGGCCGUGCGAGAGAUCGGAGGCCUCGCCAUGGUGAACAAGAACAAGAAGUGGCGUGAGCUGUCCAGCAGCCUGAACGUGGGGACGUCCAGCAGCUCGGCCAGCUCGCUGAAGAAGCAGUACAUCCAGUACCUGUUUGCCUACGAGUGCAAGAUGGAGCGGGGCGAGGAGCCGCCGGCAGACAGCAGCGGCGGCGGCGGCGGCGGCAUGGCCGGAGGGGACAACAGGAAGCAGGUCAAGAUCCAGCCACCCUCACCUGCGAACUCCGGCGGCUCCCUGCAGGGCCCACAGACGCCGCAGUCCUCCGGCAGCAGCUCCACGGCGGAAGCAGGAGGCGACCUGAAGCCCCCCACACCCGCCACCACCCCUCUGGGGCAGGUCACCCCGCUGCCCCCCAACAGGAGCAGUGUGAGCAUACAGGACCCCUUCUCUGAGGUGAGCGACCCGGCCUUCCAGAAGCGGGCGCCCACGCUGCCCCCCUCCGCCCCCUACCAGCAGGGCCUCAGCAUGCCGGACAUGAUGAUGAGGAUGCAGUACGACGCCAAGGACCCCUUCGCCGGGAUGAGGAAGAUGGCAGGAGCAGAUCCAUAUAUGCCCAGCCAGAUGCCCGGAGGGGGCAUGCAGGACAUGUAUGGUCGGCCCCCCUCCGCCCUGAGCAUGAGCCAAAGGUCGCAGUAUCCAUACGGUCCAGCUUAUGACAGGAGACCGGAUCACGUGAUGGGCAUGGAGGGGACGAUGGGCCCCCCCGGGAGUCAGAACAACAUGGGACCUUCCAACAGCGAGGGCAGCAUGUAUUCUCCCAGCAGAUACCCUUCACAGCAGAGACACGACGGCUACGGUCAGCAGUAUCCCAGCAUGCCGUACGGGAUGCAUCCCUCGGGGAUGUACCCACAGCAGCAGGGUUAUAAGCGACCGAUGGAUGGAAUGUACGGCCCCCCACCCAAGAGACACGAGAGUGACAUGUACGCCAUGCAGUACACCAACCAGCAGCCAGACAUGUACAACCACUACGGCGGCGGGUACUCAGGUCCCGACCACCGGCCGCUGCAGGGACAGUUCCCCUACCCGUACCCCCGCGACAGGAUGGCCCCCUCCGGACAGAGUCAGCAUGGCAUGAUGGGUGGGGGUCCCACGCCCAAUCACGCCGCCGACGGUCCCAACAUGUGGCCGUCCAGAACGGAGCUGGGCUACCCGUAUUCCGGCAGGCAGGGGCCGCCCUCGCAGAUGCCGCCGUACGGCGCCAUCGGCAGGGACGACCUGGACGGGCGGCCUGGGCAGGAGCAGUGGCACCGCCAGUCCCCCUACAUGUCUUCGUCGGGGGGGAUGCCCCCUUUGUCCUCGCGCCAGCCGUCGUCGUAUUCCAACUCCCCGUCCAUGGCCAACCACCUGCCCAGGGCUCCCAGCCCGGGGGCGUUCCAGCGCUCCAUGGACUCCAGAAUGUCCCCCAGCAAAGCGGCGUUUAUGUCCCAAAUGAAGAUGCCUAAGCCCGGGAUGGGCAUGAUGGGAUCGCAGGGCGGCGGCCCCAUCGGGCAGUUCCCCCCCAACCUGAGGAGGGACCUCAACUAUCCGCCAGGGUCAGUGGAGGCAACCCUGCCCCUCCUGAAGCCGCGACGCAAGCUCACCUCAAAGGACAGUGGAACGCCUGAGGCCUGGCGCGUGAUGAUGUCUCUGAAGUCAGGCCUGCUGGCGGAGAGCACGUGGGCUCUGGACACCAUCAACAUCCUGCUGUACGACGACAGCACCGUGGGCUCCUUCAACCUCUCCCAGCUGCCCGGGUUCCUGGAGCUCAUUGUGGAGUACUUCCGCCGUUGCCUGAUUGAAAUCUUUGGCAUCUUGGAAGAGUUUGAAGUGGGAACCGUGAAUCCAAAAAGCCUCCCGGGUCCUGAUUGUGUCCAGAAGGAGGGACCAGCUGCAGAGCGGGAGACCGGCUCAGCAGUGCAGCCCGACCCCGAGUCCUCCUCCUCCUCCUCCUCCUCCUCCUCUUCCUCCUCUUCCUCAUCUGUCUCCUCCUCCUCUUCUUCGUCUUCAUCUUCAGCAGCAGCAGAGACUCCAGUGGAGCAGGCAGGAAGUGUCCCAGAGGAAACUCCGCCGGCCCCCGCAGAACCCGCCGAUAUGAGCGGCGAGAGGAAAGAGUCAGACACGAACGUGAAAAAGGAGGAUGUGGACGGAGUAAAGGAAGGAAAGAAGGAGGAGGAGAGUGAAAAGGGGCCGGAGGAAAAGGAGGAGUCCGCUGACCGGCCCGCGGCAGAGUCGGAACCUAAACCUCAACAAGCCAGCAAAUAUGAUAAGCUCCCCAUCAAGAUAGUUCACAAGGAGGACCGGCCGGAAGACGUGACCGAGCGCCUGGGUUACGUCACGCAGUUCAGCAGUGGGCUGCUGCACUGGCAGGCGGGCGGAGGCGACUCCACCGCACACAUCCAGAUGCACUUCGAACCUCGGAGCGAGCCGCCCGCCAGGGUGGAGGAGAAGCCGGGCGUCCAGGACAAAGAGGAGGGCGGGACGGACUCCGAGAAGAAAGAGCUGCUCAAACAUAUCACUGCGACCAUCGACGACGUCCUGUGCGCCCGGGUGGACGCCCUGUCCUACUCCCACCCGGCGCGCUCCCUGCCGUCGUACCCCUUCAGGGUGCAUUCGGACGGGGAGCGGGACCACAUCACGCUGCUGGAGGACGAGCCGCGCUGCCUGGACGAGGCGCCGCUCUCCACCGCCUCCUCCUGGCAGGACUCGCUGUCCAAGCGCUGCCUGUGCGUCUCCAACAUCGUGCGGAGUCUGUCCUUCAUCCCCGGGAACGACCUGGACAUGUCGCGCCACCCCGCCCUGGUCCUGCUCCUGGGCCGGCUGCUCCUGCUGCACCACCUGCACCCGGAGCGGAACCGCCGCCCCCCCAGCUACCAGAGGGACGAGCAGCAGGAGCGCGGGCUGUCGUCCGGCCGGGAGGAGUGGUGGUGGGAGUGUCUGGGUCUGCUCAGGGAGAACGCCAUGGUCACGCUCGCCAACAUCGCCGGCCAGCUGGACCUCUCCACCUACUCCGACACGAUCUGCCUCCCCAUCCUGGACGGCCUCCUCCACUGGAUGGUUUGCCCCUCGGCCGAGGCGCAGGACCCCUUCCCGUCGGCGGCGCCGCACUCGCCGCUGUCGCCCCAGAAGCUGGUGCUGGAGUGCCUCUGCAAGCUGAGCAUCCAGGAGGGCAACGUGGACCUGCUGCUGGCCACGCCGCCCUUCUCCCGGCAGGAGAAGCUCUUCGCGGUGCUGGUGCGCUACGUGGGCCAGAGGAAGGCGCAGGUGUACCGGGAGAUGGCGGUGGCCGUGCUCGCCCACCUGGCGCAAGGAGACCCCACGGCGGCGCGCGCCAUCGCCAUGCAGAAGGGCAGCGUGGGUAAUUUGGUGGGCUUCCUGGAGGACGGCGUCAGCAUGGCGCAAUACCAGCAGAACCCUCACAGCCUGCUGCACAUGGGGCACCCCCCGAUGGACCCCCCCAGCAUAAACAUGAUGUGCCGGGCGGCCAAAGGCCUGUUAGCGAUGGCGAAAGUGGAGGAGAACAAGACAGAGUUCGUGCUUUACGAAAGCAGAUUAUUAGACAUCUCCAUUUCUUCGGUGCUCAACGCAGGAGUGGUUUCCAUUAUUUGCCAAGUUCUGUUUCACUUGGGGAAAUUAUGACAGGAGGAGAGGCCGGACUCCCGCAGCAGACACUGAGGAGAGCCAGAGAUCUCUGUGGUUUUUUUUCUAUUUUUAUUUAUCAAAAUGACAGAAAAUGUUUGUGUUUUUUUAAAAGGAAUAUCCACGUAAAUAAAGUGUCUCUAUAUAUGUAUAGCUUCUGGGCCCUGUCAAAUGAAAACAAAAAAAAACAACAAAAAAAAAAAAGGAGAGAAAAGAAAAAACAAAGCGGGUUUGGGAUUUGAAAGCUCAUUUUAAUACAAAUAUUUAAUACCUGCUGGUGUUGGAUUGCUACGUUUGAUAUUUUUGUUGGGCGUUUGUUUGCGUUUGUUUACUUUUUCAGCCAAAGCUGCCACCAGACGUUGGUGCUGAAUUAACGUGGUUCCUUUUGAGGUCGACGAGAUGUUUUUCAGUUUUAUAAAUGCUUAAUAUACUCAUCAACAUUUUGUUAAUGGAGAGUAUUUAUUUAAAAAUGUGACACUGUACAGUAGUUUGAACCUUUUUGCCAACGGUGGUGCGGGGGGGGCCGGGGGGAGGGAGCAACACUGACUUUUUCAAAUUGAAACGUAUAUGUCUCCGUCGCUGGAAGAUAACAUUGUGCAAUAGGACUGGAGAGAGAACCAGUGGUCCCUGUUUUUCGGAAACAGGAUGGAAA